UAAAAAUUUUGUGUUUCAUCUCGACAGCAGUUUUAUUUCCUCUUUAUAACCUCUAAUUUUGCUACAAAAUAUUAUCAUCCUGAUACGUUUCUUUAUUUCCUCCCAAUUGCAAAGAUGAUAUUUUAAAGUUACUUCUGCAAAAUGAGAAUUCUAUUAAUCAAAUUAUUCCACAACUAUUUUGAACUAAGCACAAUGUAGCAAUUGUCUCAUUUCUAAAAGAUACUCAUUUUCUUGGGCAUCAAACAGAAAGUUAUAUUUUCAAACAGAGUUUGUCUUUAGCAGGAAAUUUGGGACAUAUUAGAAAUCUAUUUGCCACCCUAGAAAAACAACAUUUCCCUUUAAGUACUGGCUCGAUAUGUCAGGAGGUUUCUCAACGUCUCUCAGGCCUUUUUCUCUGAGCCUCUGUCUGACAACAGCAAAUCCCAAAUCUGGGGAAGGCUCCUACUUCAGAAGUUUUUUGCCAAAUAUUUUUGGCCCUAAGGUUAACUAACACAUCAGAGAUUUUCAAUACCACAGUUUUGUCAGAAGUCCAAGAGAUCCUACGGAACCUUUUUGUCUAGGAAAGCUUACUUUAUCUGCUGCAGCCCAUUUAUUAAAUUUCCAAUGAGAAGUGUGAUGUGUAAAAUUACAAAAACUUGAACUAGGAAGCAUGCUACCCCUUGUGUGUAAAAUGGUAGUAUGUUUCAAGAUGUAUAGACUACCCCAGAAGAAAUAGGUAACAGUGUCUCUGAGAAAGGGAACUGGGAGGCUGGAGGAUAAGAGUGGGAGGGACAUCUCUUUUCACUGUAUCCCUUUUGAUAGUAUUUGCAUAUUUUUGCUGAGGGCCAACAUUGUUUUUAAGGGGAAAAAAAACCCAACAAGAAAACAUUCCUCAGAAAUACACUUCCUGUGAAAUCCAAUCUGGUCAACAGUAUUUAAGAAUCUACAGAGUAUAAAUUUCCAUACAUAAUUUAGGCAGACAAUAAUCUGGUGAACUGAAUUUGAUGAAAAGCUUUAAUGGGAUAUCAACUGGAUUAUUUCAAUUUGUGUCUGUAUAUUAAUGUACAUAUACAUCCUCCACUAUAUCUAUUUUCAGAAUCUGCACACAUCCAAAUAAUGUUACAGCAUGAAAGUAUGUAAUUUCUAGAAUGAGACAUGAAUAACUGAUAGGGAUUUUUUUUUUCAGAACUGCUCACCUCCAGUGAAUGAGUACUAUUUAGGGUAUCAAGUGCCCAAGCAGCCAGAAAGUGACUCUUUGCAGAGAGCCUCCAGAUGUGAUAAAGUAUUUUUUUAUUUAAAGACAGAGGAGCCUUCUAGAUGUAAAUGCACCUGUCGAAGGACUCAAUACAGUUGAAAAACAAAAUAAGCAACAACCUGUAGUAUAACCACUUGAUAAGAACUGCUAUGCUAUCCCAAAGUUCUAUAAAGAAAAUUACAUGAGAGAAAAUGUAUACCCUGGAAACAGAGAAAAUAAUAAUGGUCCAGAAAAAAAACUGUAAUUAUAAACAGUUUUUCAAUUUGGAUAACUAAUCAACAUGAAGAUUACGAUAAUGGGUUUCAUUUCUGAACCAUGUUUGAACUUGAAAAAUAAAAUAUAAUGGUUCACACGUGACUCUUAUAUCCACAGAUGUCAUAACAACUAGUUUUACUUACCCUGUUGUCUCUGAGGAAAGUUUGAAAUGAAAGACUUCCUACUUCUCAUUUAAGCUAAUACAAGUAAACAAUACAAUUUGAAUCAAACCAAACCUUAAAAGCCAAAGUGCAAUUUUCAGGAUUCCAGCAACCACCUAAAUACACAGACAGAUGCUCCUUUCUGUAUCAUUAAUUUUUUAAAAAAUUAAGUAGGCAAUUCCAGUGCAGGUAAGCAUGAAGACCUAGCCCAAGUGUUUCAAGUUGAGGAAAAGACCUGUAAAAGUAGCAUCAUGUUAAAAUCGUAGCAAUAUUAAUUUUGCUAAGUCAAUAACUGACAUCUGCAAACAAUUUGUGUAAGCUUGCCUUUUGUUCUUCUUGUAUUUUAAAAUACUACUCUACACACUUGCCUGGUUGACACUUUCUUCCCCCUAGGUGACCAUAUCUACUGGUCUCUCCCCACCCACCAGAGAGGGCAGAUUCUUUGCAAAACUCACUGAAAUGAACAAAACAAUGAUUAAAAGAGAAAAAUGAUAAAGAUUACGAGAGAAAAACAAUGAUAAAAAGAGAAAAACCACCAAAGAUAUUCCAACCAAAAGGCUGAAAGCAAACAGGCAAAGGAAUAGGUAACACUGUUCUUGCCUUUAAGACAUGCACUGUCAGGUUAGACUGGAAUCGUUUUCACACAUGCUUUUCCUCUUCUUCCUCUUUUUUUUUUUUUUAACAAUAAAAUCUUGCUUGAGAAAAGCACUUUCCUUGCUUUUCUUUCUCUCGUCCAGUCUCCAGGAAAACUUAAAAAUUGUAUUUUCGUUUCCCCGUUACUAUUUUUUAAACUGCAAGAUUGUUUUCAAAAUUUAGUCAAUAUGCUUUGCACACUUCUUUUGUCUUUGUCGUGUUCAGCAUUUGGUGAAGAGUUCACAACGUCUAAGUUCUUUGCUAUGCAGGUACAUUUGCAACUCAAAGGAUGACAAAGUUUUUUAAAACUCAGUUUAUCUAUGGUUUUGUAUUUUUCAAGAGAAACUACCAUUUUCACCUGAUUUCUGCAUCCAUUUCUUAGUUUUUGAAAAGGUUAUAUUUUUCCAACGAUAACAAAAGGAUGUAUUUCGAACUGCUAGAAAUAUUUGGAUUUGGGGUUCUUUGCUUUUUCUUCUUUUUGAUCAUGGUAGUGAGAGGAGAAUAAACUCUAAGUUGGAUAUUUACUUUCUUUAGAGACAGAAAAGAAAAAAACAAAGGGAAAGAAAGCUGUAAAGAACUUUACAGGUGCAAAUUAAACACGAAACAUUCUAACAAGUAAAAAUCUACCCUCUUUCCUUUAACCAACCUCCAUCCCCACAAAGUAAAAAGAGAAUACUUACAAGUUAGCUUCCGUGUAUUUGUGCCUGUGUGUGUGUAUCUUCUCUCUUCUUUGGAUUUGGAUACUUUGAGCUAAUUUGGAAGUGCCCGUUUGGUUACCCACAAAAUGAUGCUCAAGGGUUUAAAGAUGCAUAAAUUAGAAGCCUUACAAUGGCAGAGGACGGUCAUUGUACCUCAUCUCUUUAUGCGCUCUUAUGGUGGGACCCAAGAGCCUUUUUUUUUUUAACACUUUAGAUGAUGGAGCGAGUGAGGGGCUGGUAGCUGGACAGGACGAGGCGAGCCCCGCACCGCCCCCACCCCCUCAACUUAGCAGCACAUCCGCCUCCCCCAAUUACACCGGACUUCGCUACGAAGUCACUUAAGGAAAACUGGGGUCUGGACGGGGAGAAAGGCGGAAUCCUUCACGUCCAGCCCCGACGCCGCCUCGGAGUUCCCAUUUCUGGUGCUCGAGGGCUGGGGGAACCGCCAGGAUAGAGGCGCGAGGGAUGGAGAAAGCAAAGGGGGGUGAUCUUUUCAAGAAACACCCAACUGCCCCCUUUACCUUUUUCGCCUCCAUUAUGGGGGCGGGGGGCGAGAGAAAAAGAUGUCAAUGACCAUUGUUUGCUCGUUUCGGAUGUUGCUCCGCCCCCCGAGUCUGUCGUAAACCUGGCGCCGGCCUAAAAUAAACCCCAGAUCCCGCAGCUCGGGGGGCUCGCCGCGCCGCCGCCUCCUCUCACAGGAGCUGCCGCCGCGGCCGAGGGGGCGGCGAGGAGCGGCCGCCGCGCCCGCCCCGGGCUCCCUACCUGGCCGCCCGCCGAGCCAUGUCGUUGAGCCCCAAGCACACGACGCCCUUCUCCGUGUCCGACAUCCUGAGCCCCAUCGAGGAGACCUACAAGAAGUUCGGCGGCGCCAUGGACGGCGCGCCGCCCAGCCUGGGGGCGCCCCUGGGGGCCGCGGCCGCCUACCGCGCGCCGCCGCCCGGCCCCUCCUCGCAGGCGGCGGCGGUAGCGGGCGUGCAGCCUCCGCACGCCAUGGCGGGGCACAACGCGGCGGCCGCGGCGGCGGCGGCGGCGGCGGCGGCGGCCGCCACCUACCACAUGCCGCCGGGCGUCUCGCAGUUCCCGCACAGCGCCAUGGGCGGCUACUGCAACGGUGGCCUGGGCGGCAUGGGCGAGCUGCCCGCCUACACGGACGGCAUGCGGGGCGGCGCGGCCGCCGCGGCCACCGGCUGGUACGGCGCCAACCCGGACCCGCGCUACUCAAUCUCUAGGUUCAUGGGGCCGUCGGCGGGAGUGAGCGUGGCCGGCAUGGGGUCUCUGACGGGCAUCGCGGACGCCGCCAAGUCGCUGGCACCGCUGCACGCGGCGGCGGUGGCGCCGCGCAGGAAGCGCCGCGUGCUCUUCUCGCAGGCGCAGGUCUACGAGCUGGAGCGGCGCUUCAAGCAGCAGAAGUACCUGUCGGCGCCCGAGCGCGAGCACCUGGCCAGCAUGAUCCACCUGACGCCGACGCAGGUCAAGAUCUGGUUCCAGAACCACCGCUACAAGAUGAAGCGGCAGGCCAAGGACAAGGCGGCGCAGCAGCUGCAGCAGGAGGCCGGCCUGGGCCCGCCGCCGCCGCCGUCCCCGCGCCGCGUGGCGGUGCCCGUGCUGGUCAAGGACGGCAAGCCGUGCCAGAACGGCGCGGGCACGCCGACGCCCGGCCAGGCCGGCCCGCCGCCGCCCGCCGCGACGCCCGCGCCCGAGCUCGAGGAGCUGUCGCCCAGCCCGCCCGCGCUGCACGGCCCGGCGGGCGGCCUGGCGGCCCUGGACGCGGCCGCGGGGGACUACGGCGGCGGCGUGCUGGGCGCCAACCUGCUCUAUGGCAGAACGUGGUGACCGCGGGCACCCCGGGGCGGGGCCCUGCCUGUGGCCCGAAGGGUCUGCAAGAAACUGCGGGAAUGGAUAGGGGAAACUUGCCGAAGCGGACUGCU